AUUUGCCCAACCUCAGCAGAUUGUGAGUCCUGGGUGAGAGCUUUGAGGACAGCCAUGGUGCACAAAGAUUCUGGUGAUGGUGCUAUGAGAAACAGGCCUAAUUCCUCUUCAACAUUUUACUUUUCUUCUGAUAAUGAUGACAGUGUGUAUGCUACCAUCUCCAACAGUAAAGUCAAACCUGUCUCAGAUCCUCCUCAACAGUCAAAGGAGACUGUCAGUAUAAGCAGUGAGUAUUCUUUGCCUGAUGACUCAGUGCCUGACUCCUCAGAGAAUGUGACGGGUAUUUACGAAGACGUUGAGCCAUCGUUUGGGAAUAACGUAGCAGGAAAAUGCAGCAGUGAUGUGGCAGUGGAGGAGCCUUGUGAUGAAGAUGGUGAUGGUUUGUAUUCUGAUGCAUUCACCGAGAAGAAGGCUCAGCAGGGGAAUUCUACUCUGUCCUGCGGUUUGUAUACUGAUGCUUCUAGUAUGAAGAAGGCUCUACAGGGGAAUGCUACGUUGUCCUCCGUUACAUCAUCCCCCGUGUCUCACAAGCUAUCUGACUCGGAAGAGGUGUCUGAACAUCCUGUUUCUGAAGGGAAUGAGGAUAAUGAAGUACUUGCUGAUGAUGGUGAUGAUAAUACAGGCCUGUUUGAGAUCAUGUCCGAGGCUCUGUCGGGCACAGACGACGAUGUGGAACUGAAGGAUCUGGAGUUGCCUCUUCGAGCUGAGGAUCAUCAGCCUCUCCAGGCACUCAGUGACUUCCUUGACAACAAUAAGUCUGUGUGUCGAGCAUCAUCGAGUGCAAUUGUGUCGAGCCUGGAUGAGGAGGACCCAGUGACCAAGCUGAAACUGUACCUGGCCAGUCUAAACUUCAGUUCAUGACUUUAUAGAGGUGAAUGCAUUGUUUGUUACUUUAGGGACAUAUUAGUCCUUAUGUGAGGCUGUUGGCCGGAAUUUUGUAUAAUCAUUACAUUGCUAAAUACUCAGGCUGACCUUUGUUUUUCCAGGCAAUAUUGCUGAUGCAAUUCAACAAGUUCAGAUAAGAGAUAGAUGCUUGCUACUACUCUGUUCUCUCAAGCUCAGUUGGUGUCAUGCUGAGCUAUGGCACAGCAGAUCCUGGUUGGAAUCCCCUGUGGGUCAUUCUUGAACUUGGAUUGUUUGUGAAGUUUUUGAACCUCUCAUCCUGCUUGGCACAUUCCUAUAGGAGAUGGAUGUUGAGUUCAGUCCUGUCUCUUGAAAAACCAGUGUUGAAAAGGGAAUUACACCUAAAACAUACAAUACCUGUUCUCAUUUUUUCUAAUAUGGGCGCUUAUGAAACAUUUUUGAUGGUACUGUCUUUUGCAGUGCCUAUUUGUUUAUUCCUUCACCACUUAGUAAUGCCACACUGUAAGCUUUUGUUUCACAACUGCAAGUGUAGGAAGUAAUUUGCAAAGGCAACAGAAAACCCAAUUCCCUAUUUUUAGUUACAGUACAUAAGGUCUGUAAUAUUUUUUUUCCUCUUUAGGUGGGCUUUGCUUACCACUGACAAAGGAUUAUGUUUUAGAACCCUUGCUGAUUAUGACCUGUAUUAUUUAUAUUAUUGGCUGUAGUGUAUUCUCCUACUUAAUUUUUUUUCUAACUUAAAUAACCAGAUUCCAACUUUCGCAAUUUGACAAUGAAGAUGUUUUGCCUCUCUAACAACUAAAAUCAGUGAUCAAUCAAUUUUUUCAUACAACAGAACUUUCAACUGAUUUUUGGGUAGGCUUAUAAUAAUAGCUGAGCUGGUAUCGUACUGGGCUAUGAUGCAGAUGAUCCUGGUUCAAAUCUCGUGUGUGGUAUUCUUGACCUCGGGUGUCCUUGAGGAGUUUUCACGAUUCUCCACUGACUUGGUUCAGUUCUAUUGGAGAUGGAUGUGAAAGUCCAAGGUACCCCCUCUUAAUUAACCUUACAACACUGAAAGAGGCAUUAAACCCACCCAAUAACCAUAAAAAGUAUAAUUCUAUUACAUAUUUAGUAGGUGUGUAUUGCACAGAGUUUAUUGAUGUUUUUUUUAGCUGAAAGACAGUCACCUCCUCCUAAGAUAUAGAUAUAUUAGCAAGAGAGUCUUGAACUCAUCAGAGAUCUAGUUAAGGAUCUAGUUAAGAACCUGGGAAGGCAGUAGAAGGUGAUGGCCAAAAGAAGAGUAAAGUCAAGACAAUUCUCAAGACGAUUGACACCUAAAUAGACACAACUUAUAGCCAGAGGUGCCGAUUUUCUGGAUAAAUGUGGAAAUUCGGAUCACUGAAAUUGUCCAGACUUUGUUAUGUGCUCCUGUUUAUACAUCUGUUUAUAUUUUUAAUCUCUUUGUGCUUGCCAUAUUGCACUUUCAUAAAAUUAGUCUGGAUACAAGAUGUACAUAUAUUAGACAACUUGAUUAGUACAUUUUGAGUAGCCGAGUGUGCGGUUGCAUGUUCAAGAUUUUUUUCAGUAGCCUGUUGGCACCUCUAUAUAACUUUGUAGUGUGCUGAUCAUUGCCUUCAUCUAUAGAUGUGGAAAAAUGAUUUAUAUACUUUUAUAUAAUUACGUAAUUUAGUGAAUUACGAAAAAUAUUUAGAAGUUUUUAUUUUGUCAUAGGCCUAUGCUGACUUAAUAUAUUAUUUUAUUCACGAUGUACUUACUUUAUCUGAAAGUUGUUUAUUUCAUGUAUCCAUGUAUGCUAUCUCAAGAAAGCUGUGACCCUUGUAAAUGUCAUUGUAUAUACAUCUUAUUAUAAAGUUAGGAAAUUUAAGGUGCCCAUUUAUAGUUGUGUGUACCACCUUCUGAGGGAAAAAUCUUAUGACUUCACAUUUUUCCUUUGGCAAGCCAGCUCAUUCCAGUAUGUUAUCCCUGUUUCUGAGAGGACAUACAACAUGAGGUAUGUUAGUCUGCUGUCCUUGUAUUUGGUCGUUUGUGAUUAUUACAAUUCUAUAUAUUUUACAAACUUAUGAAUUUGCAAUUUGACUUUCUAGCUGUGUCUCACUCAGUCAACAUAAUGGAUUAUACUUUUGUAUGUAAAAAGGCUACUGUGACUGUUCUUGAGGUUUUCAAUAUGUUUUUAUGUAGGCACUUUGUGAGGCUCCAGCCUUUUGUUUUCUGUAUGUACUGAAAGGGCCAGAAGCUUCAAUAUUUCUCUUUUCCUUGAGCUCCUGAUAAUGAGGAUGUGUUCACUUUCCUUUGUACCAAUAUAUACAGUUCUCAGGAUACAGCAUAGACCUGCCUACAAAGUUCUUUUUUUUUUCUCCCAGAUUUUAACUCACUUGGCUGAUCUCAAUUUCAUUUGAAAAGCAUUCCUAGCUUAUCUUUUGGACAAUAUUUUUUAAAAUAACAUUGUAGUUCAGCUUGUAAACAUAGCAUUACUUCGAAAUUGGUUAUGAUGCAUGUGUGUACUGUUAUUCUUUUGCCAUGUGCUCCACACAUUUUCAAAUAAGAGCGUUUGUAGAUUUUGAAAAUUAUUUAGGAAUCACGUUGACACUAGAGGGGAUGUUUAUGGGGGGGAGGGGGGGGAGGGUUCUUUUCUUAAUACAUGAGAACAAAACUUGAAGGAUGACAAAGUCCUGGAAAAAGAAGACAUGUAUCAGAUUAGCGUAUAAUCUCAUACAUUGCAUGUUGCUCGUGUAAAUCUUAACCCUUUGAACUAAAGGCUCCUCAGCCUUAAAUGGUUUACCCUGGGCUCCAGAGUAAUUUCAUUAAUUUUUUAGGUACAUUUUUUGUACAGCUCAUUUUAAUGAUGAUCUUGUCUUUUCAUCUCAUUUGUUUUGGUUGUAAUAUCACUAUGCUAGCAUACAUUGAUGCUGCUGUUUCGUAUUUGUUUUCUACUUCUGUUAACAUAUAUGUCAUAUAUUUAGGUGGGUGUGUCAUACUAAUAUUUCAGUAGCACAGGGUGUUUGCCGCUAUGCGUUCAUACCGAUAUUUUGGUAGAGAGGGUUCAAAGGGUUAACAACACUUGUUGAGUAAGUCUAUGAAAUAGUAGGGAGAUGGACCCCCUUCUCUUAAAAGUGCUUGAUUUUCUUGUCUCUAUUUCACUAUUUUUGUUCUAUCAACUCCCUAACACCCCCUUCCCCCCUUCUCUCUGUCUCUUUUUUUUUCUUCAUCUCUUUAUUUUCUAUGCCUGUCUUUUGAUUUAUCUACGUCCUAGAUGGUGGUGCUCCUCCUCUUUUGGUCUCUUUUUCCAUUAGCUAUAGAGGAGAAGUUCUGCUGGCUUCUCUGUCCAACACUUAUUGGUUAUUUUGUACGGGGCUCGAUACCCAAUUAUAUGUGUAUUUCCUUGCUUUCAUGAUUUAACAUUUUAUGCAAAACAGUUUUUAUUGAUGUAUGGCUGUGCAUUAGCACAUCUUUGCUAGAAAACAGACUUACAUUGGUGUGAUGUUACAGUAUUUACUGUAAAAGUAUUUUCAGAGCAAGUAUUCGAACAAAUGACAUUUUGUCUCAUACUACCAGUGUACAUCACAUGGUUUUGAAGCAAUUUUGUUGUUCUGUAACUUUUUUGUGUACAAUUUAUUUGUAUAAUUCCAAUCAAAAUACAGAGAGGAAGCUUGCCUUGACUCCGGAUCUUCACCAGGUUGAUAGGCAAAUGCCAUACUUGUUGAGCUACUGAGCCCCCAUUUUCAUCUUGAUAAAAUGACAAAUAGCGGUAACCAGUACUUUCUUUAAUGUUUUGUAAGUAAAGGACUACGUUACUUUCUUUUUUAUAAAUAAUGGUUUACAUAAUUAUUUACGCUUUAUGUAAAAAUGAAGAUGGUUGUAUACACUUACGUUUGUUUUACUUUAUAGAUGUUUUUAAAAAUUAACCUUUAAACAAAACUUGUUGAUAAAAGACAGAUGUUGCUUGAAACUUUAAAAACCUUUUACUUACACAUCUUUUUCUUGUUGUCUUAAAUGAUUGCAUAUUUUUCGACAUUUUAAAUACCUGACUUCUUUUGAAAAUCAUUUGCAGAGCUAUGCUGGAAAGCAUUUGUGCUCUUUAAGUGAAAUAUUUGAUGACUCUAUCCAAACGUUCAUAAAACCAUGGAAAGGUCUCAUCUAUAAUUAACAAAUUUCAAUACAUGGUGUGAAGAUCAACUCCUUUAGCUAAAUGUAGAAAAGGCAAAGGAGUUGGAACUCAGUAUGAAGGAAAACUUGUUUGAACAAAAUAAUCAUAUGGACAACAGUACUAUUAGUAAAACUUGAAUGUCAUAUUCAAACAUCAAAUGAGCUAAAAAUAACAAGUAUAGUUAGAUGUAUUUUGUUAAUUGGGUGAACAAGUUUCAUGUGAAUAGGAACAUAUAUAUGUAUUUUUUCUAUCAUGUAUUGUUGACAUUCUUGUGUAUUGUGUCUCUGUGCGGACUAGAAAUGUUACAGUAAAUUUUAAAAAGUAUGAGUGAAAAACUUUAGAAAAAGAAAACCUAAGUCUAAGCAAGUUAUAAAAUCAUUUUUUUAGUAUUAUGUAAAAGGAACCCCCCUCCCCGAAAAAAAAAAAGAAGAUAUAUUUUCAGAGGGAAGCAGGUGGCUCUGCAACUAAAAAAAAUUCCAGGGAGCUUUAGAAAAUCUUUAUUUGACCUUCAUCAAUUCCAACUAAGUAAUUGUUGCCAUGAGAUGCAACAUGUGGUUUUCGGUUUUUAUUUUAUAACUGUGCUCUCUGCUUAUCUAUACAGUAUUCAUGUUAUAUAUUCAGUUUUGAGAGAGGGUGAGGGAGAGGGGAGGGAGAGGGAGAGGGGAGGGAGGGAUAGAGAGAGA